AUGAAUAACGUGAAGAGCAAGGCAGACAAAAAAAAGAAUUCCGAAGUUUUCGCAUCAUGUUCUUUCUCUAGCCUUGGCCUUCAUCCCACCUUAUGCGAUCAGCUCAAAGAGAGGUUGGGUUUCGAGGGUCCAACACAGGUUCAGGCAGAAGCAAUUCCUGUUGUGCUCUCAGGCCGGCACUUGCUUGUUAAUGCUGCGACUGGAACCGGGAAAACGGUGGCGUAUUUAGCCCCAAUUAUUCAUCAUUUGCAGAAUAUUAAUCCACGAAUUCAGCGGUCUGAUGGUACUUUUGCGUUGGUCCUUGUACCAACGCGUGAACUCUGCAUGCAGGUGUAUGAAAUUUUGGUGAAGUUGUUACACCGUUUUCAUUGGAUUGUUCCUGGCUACAUCAUGGGUGGGGAAAACAGGUCGAAGGAGAAAGCCAGGUUAAGGAAAGGUGUAUCAAUCCUUGUUGCAACUCCUGGACGUCUUUUGGAUCACUUGAAGAAUACUUCAUCAUUUCUGCACACAAAUCUCCGCUGGAUUAUAUUUGAUGAAGCAGAUAGGAUUCUAGAACUAGGGUUUGGCAAAGACAUAGAACAGAUACUUAAUAUUUUGGGCACAAAACAAGACAAAUCUGUUAGCAAGGAGAAUGCAACUUUAAAAAUUCCAGAAGUUCAGAAACAGAAUUUGCUGUUGUCAGCUACUUUGAAUGAAAAAGUAAAUCAUCUUGCUAAAAUAAGUUUAGAAAACCCAGUAAUGAUUGGUCUAGAUGAGAAGAAGAUGCAACAAAAUGUAAAUCACGAUCAUGCGGGGUCUGUUGGAUCUGAUGUGUUUGGUAGAUUAGGGGAAUCUGCAAAAGGAUUGAGUGCUUCAGCUGAGGAAUAUAAGCUUCCAUCUCAGUUAGUUCAGAGAUACAUUAAAGUACCAUGUGGAUCUCGGCUUGUUGUGCUCCUUUCCAUAUUAAAGCAUCUAUUUGAGAGUGAAGCUUCCCAGAAGAUUGUUGUUUUCUUUUCAACAUGUGAUGCAGUAGAUUUCCAUUAUUCAUUGAUAAGUAAAUUUCAGCGGCCACCUAUAUCGCAAUCAGAAGCAGAAGUCCGAAAAAUGUUUUUGGGAUGCAAAACUUUGCGAUUACAUGGGAAUAUGAAUCACGAGGAUCGUAAAACUACAUUCCAAACAUUCAAAACGGAAAAAUCAGCGCUUCUGUUAUCCACAGAUGUUUCUGCUAGAGGCUUGGAUUUUCCCAAAGUCAGAUGCAUUAUACAAUAUGAUUCUCCGGGAGAGGCAACUGAGUUUGUACACAGGGUUGGAAGAACUGCCCGGUUGGGUGAAAAGGGAGAUUCUCUCAUAUUCCUACAACCAGUUGAAAUUGAUUACUUGAAGGACCUGGAAAACCACGGGGUAAUGCUGACAGAGUAUCCUCUUCUAAAACUGCUGGAUAGUUUUCUGUCGCAUGGUCUCAAGCGCCCAAUCAAAAAGUUAUUGUCAGUAGAGAUGCAUCCAUGGGUGCUUUCUUUGCAGAAAGCAUUAGAAUCCCUUAUUUCAACAGAGUCAACAUUGAGAAAUUUGGCCAAGGAUUCAUUUUGCUCUUGGGUGCGCGCGUAUACUGCUCAUCGUGGUGAGCUGAAGCAAAUUUUCAUGGUGAAGAAACUUCACCUGGGGCAUGUUGCAAAGAGUUUUGCAUUGAAAGAGCAACCUUCGGUAGUUAACAAGUCACUCCAGAAGCAAAUGAAAAAGAGAAAGAGGGAUGAGAAACACAAAGUACAUUCCAAGAAGAGAAGGGUUGUGAAAUCUUGA